AUGAAUUGGUUCGACACAUCGGGGCUAACGAGCCUGGCCAAGUCAGCACUUAAGGAAGCACAGAAAACAAUUGAUAAGGCGUUAGAUAUUCAAGAUGAUAGUAGUGAAGAGCAAGAUGAGGAGGCGGCUGGACCCUCGACUUCAAAGUCGUCUCCGGGUACUGGCAGCACACCACAGAAGGACAACUCAGAUUUUUUUUCAUCCUGGGGUCUCACAGUUAGCGCCGAAGGCGGUGACCCUAUUUCGAUAAAAGAGCAACCCGUAGUGACAGAAAGCCCCUCAAAAUCAAACUCUCAAAGUCUUUGGGGAUCUUUUGCUGGCUCCUUUUUUGAACAACCUAAAACUGACACAGAUACGAUCGUCCGACCUCCUAAAGCGAAGUCUAUGAACGUUAUUUCUGAUAAAUACGACAGUCAGGACGAUUUGUUUUCGAAAAGUCAGCUUGUUAUGUCUGAUGGUGCGGAGUGUCUUAACACAACAAAGGAAGAGUCAAAGUUUGAUGAGAGACGUAAUUCAUCUAUGUCAAAUGUAUUGUCGUUUAUGUCCAGUAGAAACAGUUCAGAUUCAGUGGAGGUGUUGUCUCACAGCUUGAAGUCUACUCCUGAUUCUGAGGCUGCAUCAUGUCACUCAGUAUCCCAUAGUAGCAGUCUUGGUUUGAAGUUGAAUUCAGAGUCUGUUGAAAUACUACCUGAUAGUCUUGUGAGCCCAAGUUCAAUAGAGUGCCUAGGUUUUGACAGCUAUGCUAGCGACAUAAACAGCAGCACAUCUUCAAAUUUGUCUCCAGCUGAUAUGUCAGAUAAAAAAUCAACCCCAGUCGGGGAAAGAACAGAAAGGGUAGAAACAGCUGAUAGCGUCAGCCUGGUUGCUGAUGAUGAUGAAGAUACAAUGUCCUAUAAUUCUAUAUCUGAAUGUACCGCCCCCACUGUACUGGAUACUGAGGAUAAACCAAUAAGUCCAUUUCCUAAAAUUGCCAGAAUUGACCCUAGAAGAGGUAACGAGAAGGAGGUCACACUUUUAGAACAGCAAUUUAUACCUCAUAAGAUGCAAAUAAGUGAAAACUCCUCUAAUGAUGGCUCCUGGUCUGAUAGGACACUGAAUGCUGAUAAUGACAGUGUCACUCAAGAAAAUCCUGUAGAUGAAAUCAAGAGGAAUGUUGAUCCAGAAGAUGUAUUAAUGGAAAAGCUUAGUGAUUCUUCUUCAUUUUAUAACGUCAAUAUAUCAGGUGAUUUAUUAAGAUCUGAAAGUUCUGCUUUCGUUAAUGUUGAGAAAAAGCAAUGUAGCCCUAUUGAAAGUAACGACUCAUCACAGAAAGAAGCCAGUGUGAAAGAGAGGACUUCACCAGUUAGCUCUGAUAGCAAGAGUGAUCUUGUCAAAAUUGGUUCGGAUAGGACAUCAGGGCACACAUCAGGUGAUGAACUGGAAACUGCCACAUCAUCAGAUAUAGAAAUCAUUCCGAGCCCCAACGGAGACAGUAGCCAUGGAUGUAGAAGCAGCCCAGGAAAGUAUGGCUUUAAGCAGAAAUUGGACGGUGCAAUUUCUCCUAACCUUGUUGAUUUAGUAUUAGGAAAGAAUUUGGCUACUAAAAUCCGUGGUCACACUAGAGAACUCUCUGAAGCCUCAGUCCUAAGCAACACAAGUGACGAAAGCCAGGGUUCAGAAAAUGAUCGGUUAAUGAGAAGACUGUGCGAGAUGGCUGAAAUAUUAGAUGCCAGGGAAAAUAAACUAAUGGAAGUUAGUCGGAGUAACGCAGAGCUUAUCGAGUGUAAUGCUAAUUUGAAGAGCCAGGUGGAGUCCUUAAUGGUUAAACAUGAAGGUAGUGACAUUAAUACUAUAACAGAGGAUUACACUCAGAGGAUGUCUGCUCUUGAGAAAAAAUUCCAACAAGCUAUUAGAGAAAAGGAUCAACUAAGGAAGCAACUAGACUAUAUCAAAGCAGACAUGUCUCGCAAGAAUUCAUCAGAUUUAGAAAAUACAUUGAAAGAAAAAGAUGAGAUGAUCGCCCAACUCCAAGAAGAAGGUGAGAAGCUUGCACGUCAAGAGUUGCAGCACUCCAAUAUCAUCAAGAAGCUAAGGGCCAAAGAAAAGGAUAAUGAACAGGUCAUCAAAGCGCUAAGGGAUAAAAUAGCUGAUCAGACAGCUGAACUGGACCGCAUGAAGCGUUCUCUAACCGCCAAGGAGGAGUUAGAAGUGAGCCAAAUCGAAGCGGUGUACCGGCUCACAACCGCUAACAAGAAAAUGGAAGCAGAAUUAGUUGAGAGUCGCAGCGCACUAGACGACACGACGCAGAAGCUAGAAAGCGCCCGCACGUCGCUGGAGGCGCUGAAACGCGAGCUGCUGGAGGCGCGGCGCGAGUGCGGGGAGCUGCGGCGGGCGAGGGACGCGCAUGCGCAGCUCGCGGCCGCGGCGGAGCGCAGCGCGCGCGACGCGGAGCUGCUGCGCGCCGAGCUGCGCCAGCUGCGGGCGGAGCGCGCCAGGGAGGAGCAGCGCUGGGUGUCCCGCGAGGAGGCGCUGCGCCGCGAGGUGUGCGAGGCGCGCGCGGCGUGCGAGGCGGGCGGCGCGGAGGAAGCGCCCGCGGCGCUGCUGGCGCAGCUCGCGGCGCUGCAGCGGGCGGCGCUGGAGCGCGAGCGGGCGCACGCCGCCGCCGCGCAGCAGCUCGCCGCGCAGCUCGCGGAGGCGCAGGCCGCAGCGGCGGCGGCGCAGGAGGGCGAGCGCGCGGCGCGCGACGAGCACGGCGCGUGCGCGGCGCUGCUGGACGCCGCACAGGGAGAGCGCGCGCGCGCCGAGGACGAGCUGCUGCGCCUGCGCGCGCUGCGAGAGGCGGAGCGCGCGCAGCUCGCCGCGCUGCGCGAGACGAGCUGCUGCGCCUGCGCGCGCUGCGAGAGGCGGAGCGCGCGCAGCUCGCCGCGCUGCGCGAGUGAGUGGCGCGGCCGCACGGCUCACACUGUCUCACACAUACAUACAUACAUACAUACAUACGCGCCGAGGACGAGCUGCUGCGCCUGCGCGCGCUGCGAGAGGCGGAGCGCGCGCAGCUCGCCGCGCUGCGCGAGUGAGUGGCGCGGCCGCACGGCUCACACUGUCUCACACAUACAUACAUACAUACAUACAUACGCGCCGAGGACGAGCUGCUGCGCCUGCGCGCGCUGCGAGAGGCGGAGCGCGCGCAGCUCGCCGCGCUGCGCGAGUGAGUGGCGCGGCCGCACGGCUCACACUGUCUCACACAUACAUACAUACAUACAUACAUACGCGCCGAGGACGAGCUGCUGCGCCUGCGCGCGCUGCGAGAGGCGGAGCGCGCGCAGCUCGCCGCGCUGCGCGAGUGAGUGGCGCGGCCGCACGGCUCACACUGUCUCACACAUACAUACAUACAUACAUACAUACGCGCCGAGGACGAGCUGCUGCGCCUGCGCGCGCUGCGAGAGGCGGAGCGCGCGCAGCUCGCCGCGCUGCGCGAGUGAGUGGCGCGGCCGCACGGCUCACACUGUCUCACACAUACAUACAUACAUACAUACAUACGCGCCGAGGACGAGCUGCUGCGCCUGCGCGCGCUGCGAGAGGCGGAGCGCGCGCAGCUCGCCGCGCUGCGCGAGUGAGUGGCGCGGCCGCACGGCUCACACUGUCUCACACAUACAUACAUACAUACAUACAUACGCGCCGAGGACGAGCUGCUGCGCCUGCGCGCGCUGCGAGAGGCGGAGCGCGCGCAGCUCGCCGCGCUGCGCGAGUGAGUGGCGCGGCCGCACGGCUCACACUGUCUCACACAUACAUACAUACAUACAUACAUACGCGCCGAGGACGAGCUGCUGCGCCUGCGCGCGCUGCGAGAGGCGGAGCGCGCGCAGCUCGCCGCGCUGCGCGAGUGAGUGGCGCGGCCGCACGGCUCACACUGUCUCACACAUACAUACAUACAUACAUACAUACGCGCCGAGGACGAGCUGCUGCGCCUGCGCGCGCUGCGAGAGGCGGAGCGCGCGCAGCUCGCCGCGCUGCGCGAGUGAGUGGCGCGGCCGCACGGCUCACACUGUCUCACACAUACAUACAUACAUACAUACAUACGCGCCGAGGACGAGCUGCUGCGCCUGCGCGCGCUGCGAGAGGCGGAGCGCGCGCAGCUCGCCGCGCUGCGCGAGUGAGUGGCGCGGCCGCACGGCUCACACUGUCUCACACAUACAUACAUACAUACAUACAUACGCGCCGAGGACGAGCUGCUGCGCCUGCGCGCGCUGCGAGAGGCGGAGCGCGCGCAGCUCGCCGCGCUGCGCGAGUGAGUGGCGCGGCCGCACGGCUCACACUGUCUCACACAUACAUACAUACAUACAUACAUACGCGCCGAGGACGAGCUGCUGCGCCUGCGCGCGCUGCGAGAGGCGGAGCGCGCGCAGCUCGCCGCGCUGCGCGAGUGAGUGGCGCGGCCGCACGGCUCACACUGUCUCACACAUACAUACAUACAUACAUACAUACGCGCCGAGGACGAGCUGCUGCGCCUGCGCGCGCUGCGAGAGGCGGAGCGCGCGCAGCUCGCCGCGCUGCGCGAGUGAGUGGCGCGGCCGCACGGCUCACACUGUCUCACACAUACAUACAUACAUACAUACAUACGCGCCGAGGACGAGCUGCUGCGCCUGCGCGCGCUGCGAGAGGCGGAGCGCGCGCAGCUCGCCGCGCUGCGCGAGUGAGUGGCGCGGCCGCACGGCUCACACUGUCUCACACAUACAUACAUACAUACAUACAUACGCGCCGAGGACGAGCUGCUGCGCCUGCGCGCGCUGCGAGAGGCGGAGCGCGCGCAGCUCGCCGCGCUGCGCGAGUGAGUGGCGCGGCCGCACGGCUCACACUGUCUCACACAUACAUACAUACAUACAUACAUACGCGCCGAGGACGAGCUGCUGCGCCUGCGCGCGCUGCGAGAGGCGGAGCGCGCGCAGCUCGCCGCGCUGCGCGAGUGAGUGGCGCGGCCGCACGGCUCACACUGUCUCACACAUACAUACAUACAUACAUACAUACGCGCCGAGGACGAGCUGCUGCGCCUGCGCGCGCUGCGAGAGGCGGAGCGCGCGCAGCUCGCCGCGCUGCGCGAGUGAGUGGCGCGGCCGCACGGCUCACACUGUCUCACACAUACAUACAUACAUACAUACAUACGCGCCGAGGACGAGCUGCUGCGCCUGCGCGCGCUGCGAGAGGCGGAGCGCGCGCAGCUCGCCGCGCUGCGACGAGCUGCUGCGCCUGCGCGCGCUGCGAGAGGCGGAGCGCGCGCAGCUCGCCGCGCUGCGCGAUAAGACUGACGAAUUGGAGCGUUUACGUGCGGAGAGUGAGAGAGAGAUAGCGGCGCUUCGUGCGAGAGUGAGUGAGAUAGAAACACAAUUGGCGGACGAACGAGUCGCACUCGAUACCGAGAAGAAACGAAACGCUAUAUUGCAGGAGCAGAUAUCGACGCGAGGGGACGUGUCGCCCUCGCCGUCUGUAUCUUCAGAUACGUUCACAACUUCCUUCUGGCAGACGGAGGAGGGGCACUCGCUGGUCGGUAGCGGCGGAAUGGGCGCGAGCGGAGGCAUGGGCGGAGUGGGCGUGGGCGUGGGCGUAGUGGGCGUGGAGGAGGCGCUGGCGGCGCUCACGCGGCGGGACGGCGAGCGGCGCACGCGCGACGCAGCGCUGGCAGCGCUCGCAGCGCAGCGCAGCGCGCUCACCGCGCAGCUGGCGGCCGCGCACGAGCGCCUCGCCGACUACCAGAACGUGCAGGAGCAGUACGACGCGCUGCUGCAGAUGUACGGCGAGAAGGAGGAGCAGCUGGCGGAGCUGCGGCUGGACCUGCACGACGUCACGCAGCUGUACAAGCAGCAGCUGGACGAGCUCGUGCGCCUCAAGCGCCUCGCCCGAUAG